AUGAAUGACAGUUUGAUGGACGGCUCCCAAAUUCCAUACAUAAAGCAAGCCUCUGACGAGCACUACGAUGUGAUUGUUCUCAAUACUAAUCUUAAUUAUCAAGGGAAUCAUUUAUAUAUCAGAGGAAGCGAAUCUCCUGAAAAACAUGCUAACUAUAUUUGGGAGAAUUAUAUAAUGCCUAACAAGAACUUCAGACAAACAGCUAUUGUGGCUCACAGUUAUGGUGGAAAGGCAAAAAACCAAAAAGAAAGCUUUUUAAAAAGAGUUUUUGCAGUGGCAUUCACGGAUGCCGCAGUUUUUUUAGAGGAAUGUGAUGAAGAAACAAGGGAAUUUUUCAAAAAUAAUUCACAAAAUUGGGUUGCGGGAACUGGUAAAUUGGAUGAGCCAGUCAUCACCGAUUCAGCAGAUGUUACGUGUCCAAAGGUUUCAGCUGGUCACACAGAACAUGUAUGGACUUCAGCAACCAGUAUGAGCUCGAUUUUUAAAUAUUUCAAAAAGAAAAGCGAUGAAUGGAACAUUGAAACUAAUGCAAGCUUUGAAAUAAUGAAAUGUGCUCAUACCAAGGAGUGCUCAGAAGAAUGUGACAAUUUCGUUCUAAAAUAUCCAAAUGACAAUAAACAGAUUUCUGAUACAAAUGAAAGUGAUGUGAAAGUUGAUAAUACUUUGAUCUUAGAAAACCAAUCUGAAUGUAUAUCUACUUAUUCAAGCAUUAGUAGAGACAAUGUCGAUAGUACAGAGACUGAUCUAUUGAUAAAUAAUCUUGUUAAUAACGUUGCCAAAGUACAACUCGGUUAAAGAUAAAAUAACAUUACGGGAUCGAAUUGUAUCGGAACGUUUUUAUUACUUUCAUUAUAAUGAUCAAUACAA